AUGGCGUCCGACGACGACUCGGAUGCUUCUGUUCUCAGUAAUAAAAAUAAUAAAACUACCGAAAUAGUAACUAGCUUUAAGUGCUGCAAGAAUAGACAAUCAAAAAGUUUAACUUGCAUUCAGUGUGGAAGUGUUUACCAUCGCGGUUGUGCUAAAAAAUCAUUGGAAAAUCGAUUUACCGCUAUUGAUGAUUCAAGAAUGGUGUGUUGCUCUAACCUGGAUAACAAGGGUGAAGUUAGUGUAGCUGUGUUAUACCAACAAAAGGUGGAGGCUCUACUUAACGAGAUUGACCUAUGGAAGAAGCUGUUUGCCCAGUCUGAGGAGAAAAAUUCGAUUUUGAAGUUAAAUAAUGGCCUUUUACUAGAAUCUCUAAAAAAAAGUGAGGUUAACUACAAAAAUUUACAACAGGUACAGAUUCCUAGUGACCAAAAUAAGUUAAGCUACAGCGCUGCUGCUCAGCCUGCGAUGUCGAUGUCCACUAAUGAUGAUACUUCUUCUGGAAAACAGAUGUCACCACCACCUGUACAAUACUCGGUUCCUACAAUAAAUUUUGAUGAUGCUUCCUUGGGAAAACAGAUAGCACCACCACCAGUACAAAACAUGGCUGACACUGUCAAAAGGAGAAGAAAGAGGCAUAAGAAACACACCGUGGCAUCACCGGCAGACCGACGGCUGAAAAUACCGAGGGACCAGGAUAGGGACCUUAGUUACGCCCAAGCGGCGGACAGUUCUCAUAUGAGGGCUGUCGUGCCACAGGACUAUCCCGAAAGCUUGUUCGAUGUUACGCAUCUGAGGAAGGCGAUGCUAAGGGCUAUCGAGGACCUUGAGGAGGGAGCCGCAGUGCCCCUGUUUGGGGGGGUCUCUCUCAAAUCGGGAGCCAUUGUGCGAGGGCGAUGGACGACGAGUCCAGGGGCUGGCUGGAAGAACUGGUCCCUUGACCGACAUUAG